AUGGACGUUGCCAUCGCAAGCGUACCGGCUUCAUCGCGAGUACAAGCGUCAACAGCACCUGACAAAGUAUACGGGGCAUUCCCAUCCGACCUCAUGGCGACUUUGGUCGCUUCACGAAAACAUCAACCUGACUCCCCUCAAUGUAAUGCCUUGGACAAGUGUAUCUUCACAUCACCUCUUGUUCCCUAUCGAACUCUCGCCGACCUUCGACCUUUCGUUAGAGCUCGCCCUCAAUCGCUCUGCUUUCUCCCGCUCUGCUUCUGCGAUCGUUGGGCAAUGGCACGUGUUAAGACACGCACAGCGUCAAUUCGCUCUCGCAAAUUCGAAUUGACGAGAUUACUUGCACCUCGGCACUCGCAUUGUUUGACUACCUCGAGCUACAAAUUGUCAACACUGAACCGAAGCAAAGCUGCAUGGCUUAACAGGCUGAUGGCUCCUCGUGCGGACCAGCGGCUGUCAAUGUCUCCCAUCUCCAGGUCCCGACAGAAUCUGCCUAGCCAUUCUACUGACAAUUCAAGUGGGCAACACGCCUACAUGCUUCAAUCGGGACGAAAAGCAUCUGAGCAAAAAUCUCCGCAGCGCGUGCGCGGUGCCGUGCCGUAAUUGCUCCGGCACCUGA